GGCGUAUCACUGACAGAUCCCUUAACACUCCGAACAACUCAUGGAGACGCGCUCGGCUUAGUCCUACAACGACCGCCCGUCCAUCCGGUUGUUGCUGUUGAGUCGCGUCGACGCAGUUUGCAAUUCUGACCGUGUGUCGUCCGUCCACGUUUUGUGUUGCGUUAGCGUUGCGGAUCGGAUUGGCAGAAACCGUAGGUUACGGUUGGUGUGGCGUCAUAAACGCCGGGUUCUCCGGUUUCCUUCGUUGCGUUGUCGUCGUCGUCAUCGCCGCCGUUGUAGCCGUGACGCGAUACGCAAAAGUGCUACCUGUAGUUCCAGUUUCAGCGACAUUCCUCGCUCUUCUGGGUCAGUUGGCUUAACAGCGCCUACUUCGGAAGCAGCCAGACGGCGCGCUCGCGCGCGAUCGGAACAGCUGACUCAAGGGUGGCUUUGAUUAUGGACAGUGUGUAGUAGGUACGAGCGAGGAGGGUACGAUACGGUUGCGGUUGCAUGUGCUUCUUCGUAGUCGGCGGAUUAGCGGUGAAGCGGAUCAGUUGCUUGAUCGACGUUCGAUCGCGCGGAUCAGUCUGAACUUUACGAUUCGAUGAGCAGAGCCGGUCAGUGCUCCGUGGUAGUGAAUGGUCGGUUCUUAUUCCUGGAAGUGUUUUCGACUAAUUAUUCGCUACUGGCGAAUAGAUUGUGACUAGUGCGUUUCAGUUCUAUUGGGUCUACAGUGCCGGGAAGUCUACGCGAGCCGGUUCCAGUUUGCGAGUGAGACUUGUGUUGUUAUUUGAGAUAGUUUUGUUGAUAGCGUUCUAUUGAACGCAAGGCAGUGUAUGCAUGUAGGAAAAAGGUUAACAGCUGAGAGUGGUUACUCAUUAACAACGGCGUCGGAACCAGUAAAUAGCAACCAGUAGUGCUUCUGAGUGGAAUUGGGUCGACGCAGCCGGAGUCUGUUGAUUCAGUGAUAAGAAUAAGAAAUCCCCAUGAAUGAUGGAGGUCGUGGGUAGAUGUGAUUAAAGUGAGCUUGCGAAGAAUACACAGUGUACUGCAGCAUGUUCUAACACGUGAUAACUAGUGCCAAUACCGUGAUUAGUUGAAAGAAGUUGCCGCUAAGCGCUAAUUAGUGGUGUGAAUACCAAGUUGAUGUGAUAUUGCCGGAACCCCCCGGCAUCCUGCAGCAUGAUGAACGGGAAGCCAACCACGGAGAUGAGCCUCCUGAAGGUUCCAACGAAAAUCAUCCCCACAAAGCAGCCGCUCCCGAGCCAAAAUGCCAUCGAUACGGACGACGAAGAGGACGGCCUGGGAUACACGCACACAUUGAUGUAUGGUCGCUAUACCAAAGACCUAGGAGAAUACGCCAAAGAUGAAGCGCGAAGACUCAGGCUUCUUGAACGAAGAAGAAAAAAAGACGAUAAAGCAAGAAAUAAGGAGCUGUUGGGAGUGCGGGAUAACAAAUUUUUCAAAGCCUCCUCAUGGCUGUGGCGGAAUACGUUCGCGCGGCUCGGCGAGGACUGGGUGUUCCUGGCCCUGCUCGGCAUCAUCAUGGCCCUGCUGUCCUACGUGAUGGACAAAGGCAUCUCGAUGUGCACAAACUCACGAGUAUGGCUGUACCGAGAUCUCACCAAUCACCCGGUGGCGCAGUACCUUGCGUGGGUGUCCCUGCCGGUGUGUCUGAUCCUGUUUUCGGCCGGAUUCGUCCACCUGGUCGCACCGCAGAGCAUAGGCUCCGGUAUCCCGGAGAUGAAGACCAUCCUGCGAGGGGUGGCCCUGAAAGAGUAUCUCACCUUCAAGACGCUGGUUGCCAAAGUGAUAGGCCUGACGGCGACGCUGGGGUCCGGGAUGCCCCUCGGCAAAGAAGGUCCCUUUGUACAUAUAGCUAGUAUAGUAUCGCAGUUGUUAAGUAAAAUCAUCACGUCAUUCCAAUCGAUCUACGAGAAUGAAUCCCGCAACACGGAAAUGCUGGCCGCGGCUUGUGCCGUGGGUGUGGGUGCGUGCUUCGCUGCACCAGUUGGCGGGGUCCUGUUCAGCAUUGAGGUCACAACGACCUACUUUGCUGUGCGAAACUACUGGCGGGGCUUCUUUGCGGCCGUGUGCGGUGCGACCGUGUUCCGACUGUUAGCCGUGUGGUUCCAGAAGGCGGACACCGUGACGGCCUUGUUUGCCACCAACUUCACUGCCGACUUUCCGUUCGACCCGCAAGAGCUGUUUGUAUUUGCGUUGAUUGGCCUUGUCAGUGGCCUGGGAGGAGCGUUGUAUGUUUGGGUCCACCGAAAGUAUGUACUAUUUAUGCGAUCAAACAAGCGGAUGAACAAGUUCCUGCAAAAGAACCGAUUCCUGUACCCUGGCAUUGUGUCACUGAUAGUGGCCACCCUAUCAUUCCCCCUCGGGUUUGGCCAGUUCAUAGCCGGAGAGUUGAGCACCCACGAGCAGGUUCACCAGCUCUUCUCCAACUUCACCUGGAGCAAGAACGAGCUCACCGUCGAGCAGGCUGCCAUCGUGUCCAACUGGCGAACGGCCGGCACCAAUGUGUUUAUCAAUCUCAUCGUAUAUCUGUUGUUCACGUUCUUCUUUUCCAUCGUUGCUUCGACCAUUCCGGUUCCGUCUGGUAUCUUUAUUCCUGUGUUCAAAAUUGGCGCCGCCUUUGGAAGGCUUGUUGGUGAAGCGAUGCACCUGUGGUUCCCUUACGGAGUUCGUUACGGAGGCAAGCUGGCUCCCAUCAUCCCCGGAGGCUACUCCGUCGUAGGGGCAGCUGCUUUUUCCGGAGCUGUUACGCACACUGUAUCAGUGGGCGUAAUUGUGUUCGAAAUGACUGGCCAGAUUACUCACAUAGUGCCGGUGAUGAUCGCCUCACUGGUUUCAAAUGCGGUAGCUGCACUACUGCAGCCGUCCAUGUACGAUAGUAUUAUACUCAUCAAAAAGCUACCCUAUCUACCCGAUUUGCUGCCCAGUGGAUCAGGAAUGUACAACAUCUAUGUCGAGGAUUUCAUGGUUAGAAAUGUGAAAUUCAUCUGGAAGGGAAUCUCGUAUCAGAAGCUUAAGGAAAUUCUCAAAGCUAACAAAGGUCUAAGAAGUUUACCCAUCGUGGACAGUCCGGAAAGUCCCGUAUUGCUCGGUAGCGUUCAACGAUACGAGCUGAUCAAAAUGAUCGAUAAACACAUUGGACGUGAGAAACGCUUGGAAGUAGCUGCCAAGUGGAUGAAGGAAGCCGAAGAGAAGGCCCGUGAAGAACAAGAACGACUCAGGCGAGAAGCUGAGGAACUGCAGAAAACCCGUCGACCAUCGAGAUUCGAAGUUAGCCCCGCACCUGAUAUUCUGAAGCUCCGGGAACGAGCCAACAACGAAAUGUUACCACCGCAAGCGAAGAAAGAGACAUCGACCGGAUUUAGUCCCGUGUUCGGCACGCAACCGAAAAAAUCCAUUCUCAAAAAAACUAACUCAUUUACGUUGAAAGGAUUUACGCCGCUAUCGCCGCAUAGUCCAACCCAUACUCCGUACACUACCAUCACCGGAGGUACCGAGAGUCGAAUCAGGUCCGCAUUCGACAUCAUCUUCCGCAAGUCGGCCACCCUGCAGGAUGUAACUCCCGAUCCGGAAGUGGGUUCCAUCGGCACACCAAGCAUUUCUGGCACCGAGGGAAUACCGCUGACACCGGGCAUUUCCAAGAAGGUUCAACUGCCACGGGAACGCGUCAUCGACAUGUCGGCCGAAGACCAGAAGGCCUGGGAACUGGAAGAAAUGGGUAAACCGAUUGACGUGGAAAAUCUACACAUUGACCCUGCGCCAUUCCAGCUGGUGGAACGAACCUCCAUUCUGAAGGUCCACUCACUGUUCUCGAUGGUGGGCAUCAACCAUGCGUAUGUGACGAAUGUUGGAAAGCUGGUCGGUGUGGUGGCUCUAAAAGAGCUCCGACAAGCGAUCGAGAACGUCAACAGCGGAACGCUGACGCCGGAAUCGGUGAAACAGAAACAAGAGGAGGAAGCAAAAGCCUUGGCUCAAAAAGAAGCAGAAAACGGAGAUCGGCUGACGUUUCUCGUGGUUGCAAAAUCAUAAACAAAGUGCGCGGACGGAUCUUUCACGCUUUGCCCAGAAACAAGAGUCGCGAAAAAUGUCCGGCGGAAAAACACCACUGGAGCUCCUGUCGGGAUCCUUCUCCAAGACGUGGCUGCACGACAAGUGGGCCCCUGGCGUUGGUGGAAUUUUGGGCUUCAUGGGUGUGUGCUACGUGAACUGGGGUACCAGUCGGCCACUGCUGAG